GCUGUCAGUAUUUUAGCAGGAAACACCUGUUUUCAGCUGACAGGGCUGGAGAGUGGGGCGACUGAACAGCUGCACAAAGGAAACAAAAAGGAAACGGGUGUGUUGUUGUCACCCUGCCAGUGAGGCUCUGCUGGGGGUUAAAAGCGACGCAGACAACGGGGUCGCUGGUUGUUUUUCGGCAAGGAUAUAGCUAUCAAGGGACCUGUCCUCUUAAUGCAAACUAAAAACCACUUGGGUUGAAGACCACUUGAGUAGACAUGACCGGACCACUAGGACUAUUAAUGCUCCUCUCUGCUCUCUGUUGCUCCCUAGUGGACAAUGUGGAGCUGCUCCGCUCCAAGAGAGGGACCCGUUUUUACAGAGGUGAGCCUAACAGGCAGCCAGCUAGACGGACGCUUUUGAUUAUUCAUGUCCAGAAGUCUCCACCCUCCUUUGACACCUCCUUGCAUUGUGUGGAUAGUGAGACAUCAGCAGUGCAUAGAACUGGGGACACUUGGCUGCGAUGGAGGAGACAGCGUGUGGAGUAUUGCCGUUGUGCAGGACGAGAGCGUUGUCAUUUUGUGCCCGUCAUCAAUUGCUACGCGUCUCUGUGUUAUAAUGGAGGGACCUGCAAGGAGGCUGUGUACACCUCGGAUUACAUUUGCCAGUGUCCCGCAGGCUUCAGUGGGACUCAUUGCGAGAUCAACACCAAUGAGAAGUGUGCUGUGGGACAGGGUGAAGGGUACCGCGGGACAUGGAGUAUCAGCCAUUCGGGAGCAGAGUGCAUCAACUGGAACGCCACAUCUCUGAGAGGAAGGAGGUUCACGGCUAGAAAAGUGGACGCCAACAGUCUUGGACUGGGCAAUCACAACUUCUGCAGGAACCCUGACAAUGACAGCACUCCUUGGUGUUACGUCUAUAAAGGCACUCAGAUCGUCUGGGAGUUCUGCUCUGUGCCCAAAUGUCCAGAAGAUAAGUACCAAGAGUGUGUUCUGGGUUCUGGUAAGUCAUACAGAGGCACAACAUCUGUCUCUAAGAGCGGCUCUCACUGUCUCCCAUGGGACUCUCCUGCUGUCAAGCGCAAGCUCAACAAUGCCUGGAGGCCUGAUGCGUUGGAGCUGGGGCUGGGCAGCCAUAGCUUCUGCAGGAAUCCAGAUGGUGAUGCAGGUCCAUGGUGUCACACCUACAGGAACAUGCAGCUGACCUGGGAGCUGUGUGACGUACCUAAAUGCUCAAGACGUCCAUCUAUCAUCAGUACUCUCGGCCCGCGUGCGCCCACCACUAUCAACAAUAACCGAGCCACAUGUGGCCAGCGUUUGGAUAACUCCCUGAAUCGCCCGGCGUACCGCAUAUUUGGGGGCAGAGAGAGCGACAUCACGGAUCAGCCAUGGCAGGCGGCCAUUAAUGUGUACCAAGCCCGUAGCAGACGGCACUUUCACCGAUGUGGAGGAGUGCUCAUCGACUCAUGUUGGGUCCUGUCCGCUGCGCACUGCUUCGAGGCAAGUGAUAAAGCAGAAAAACUGGAGGUGAUUUUGGGGAGAACGUUUCGGAAACAGAAUUCAAGCAGCGAGCAGAUUUUCAAGGUCGACAAGUACUGGACCCAUGAGAAAUUUGACAACGAAACAUUUGACAAUGACAUUGCUCUCUUAAGGCUGAAGUCAGACAUUGGCAUCUGUGCUGUAAACGCUCCAGAGGUUCUUCCCGUGUGUCUGCCUGAGCCUGGGCUGGUGCUGCCCAGCUGGACCGAGUGCGAGAUCUCCGGCUACGGGAGAGACAAAGAAUUUUCUGCAGAGUACUCUGAGCGUGUGAAGAGAGGUUACGUUCGCCUGUGGCCCAAUGAGCGCUGCGUCCCAGAUGUGCUGUCCGGACGCCCAGUUACCACCAACAUGCUGUGUGCAGGUGACACCCGAGGCCUUGAUGAUGCCUGCAAGGGGGACUCUGGCGGCCCUCUCGUCUGUCGGAACAAAGACAGGAUGACUCUGAUGGGCGUGAUCAGCUGGGGCGACGGCUGCGGGCAGAAGGAUAAGCCCGGGGUCUACACCCGUGUCACCAACUACAUCAACUGGAUCAACGGAAAGAUUAAGGCAAACCCAGUCUAAAAGAAGAGAGACCACAAAGAGGAUGUUGUCGGAGAACAAUACCCACAAACGCAGUGGGUAGAAGAGCAAGAGCAGAUAUGUUUAUCUUUGAGCAGAUCGACAGUGAGGUUCACGGGACUCUCUGGACCUGUUGAUCUAAAUCCAAACUGUUGGACGCUUUGAACCGGCAAGGUCGCUCCUGCAGUGAAGCACAAGAAGGACUUCAGUCAUGAGUUUUCAUGCGCAAUGUAGAGUUUUAUAUUCAUGACUGUGCCAAAUGUGACAGAAGCACAGAAACAACUUUUCCCUCUUUUGGGCCAUCUUGAUCGUGAUGAUAUUUUUGAUCUUUUCAUGUGUACGUGUACAUGCAUAUGUACAAAGUUUUCAUGUGUUUUCACCGCACGGCCUCCAUCAGACUGGAGUUUUAAGGUAGUGAAUGUACCAGGAAAAAUAGGAAAUAUCAGCGCCUUCCUCUGCUCUCUGGCUGGCUCUACGCUGGUCUGUACGAUGAGGUCACAGUGGUAGACUUCAGAUCAGUAGCCCCUUUUAAUCCAGAAGAACACUCAAGUCGACACAGGCAUUUACUUUGCACAAUACAGUAAGUCACAUAGGAAUGUUUUUGCAUCUCGAAAGUUGUUUUUAAAAAAGUUUUGUGCAAAGAUUGUGUUACAGACUUGUCAUUUAGAAAUGAGGGGGAUGUUGCCUUCAUUAGUUUUAACCCAAACAUGUUUGUGCAUUUGCUUACUUUGGGGCUCAGUGGGUUCCAGACCUUCAUUCAAACCACGAAUGUAUCUGCUGGUUCAGAUUCGACUUUGUUUUUGCAGUGUUGCCUCCGCUCGCUACGCGCUGGCUCAUAGACGGGAAUAGCUUUUGACAAUUGGAGGCAGGAAACUCUGUCUUGUUCCUCAAGCUUCAUCAUAGGGGAAGAGCAAAAUUCUCACUUGUUUGUUGUAUCAUUUGAGUUCCAGAGCACUUCUCGACCAGACACCUGGGUUGAGCCCAGUACACACACACACACACACACACACACACACAUUUUGUCUGAUUAUUGAUUUUAUAUUGAAAAUGACUCGGGACAGUUUUUUUGGUUCCACAUUAAACUGCUUAUUGACUGCAAAAGCCUAACAAAACGCACUUGUUCUGUGACAGAAUCUCAAGGGAAACUGGGUUUUAGAUGUAAGUUAAUAUUUAUAUUUUGUAUUACUUUGUAGAAAAUGUCAAAUGUUAUGCACUGUGUGUACGGUAGCUUGAUAAUUUAUUGUCGCUUGUCAUUGUAACCACAUUUGUCCACAUACUCAUUUGUCAAUAAAUAAUAUUUGGAAUAAA